AUGGCGGCGGCUCGUGUUAAUCGCCACCUCCCUGAGAAGAUGACAGGCUGCAUGUCAAAAACCUCCAAACGUGGGCGAGACUCAGGAAACACAGUCGUCCUUGGAGUUAAUGAGCUGCAGAGGCAGGACUGGACCAAGAGCUGCUGCAGACGGCGCCAUCUGGACCUCGGUACCAUCGUUAACACCAUCAUUACAUACCAUUCACAAGUCCACAACCAUAAGAGUCUGCUCCGUCCAAAAACCAUCAACUCUACAGCAGAGUGCACUGCAAAAACCAUCAACUCUACAGCAGAGUGCACUGCAAAAACCAUCAACCCUACAGCAGAGUGCACUGCAAAACCCAUCAACUCUACAGCAGAGUGCACUGCAAAAACCAUCAACUCUACAGCAGAGUGCACUGCAAAAACCAUCAACUCUACAGCAGAGUGCACUGCAAAAACCAUCAACUCUACAGCAGAGUGCACUGCAAAAACCAUCAACUCUACAGCAGAGUGCACUGCAAAAACCAUCAACCCUACAGCAGAGUGCACUGCAAAAACCAUCAACCCUACAGCAGAGUGCACUGCAAAAACCAUCAACCCUACAGCAGAGUGCACUGCAAAAACCAUCAACUCUACAGCAGAGUGCACUGCAAAAACCAUCAACCCUACAGCAGAGUGCACUGCAAAAACCAUCAACCCUACAGCAGAGUGCACUGCAAAAACCAUCAACUCUACAGCAGAGUGCACUGCAAAAACCAUCAACUCUACAGCAGAGUGCACUGCAAAAACCAUCAACUCUACAGCAGAGUGCACUGCAAAAACCAUCAACUCUACAGCAGAGUGCACUGCAAAAACCAUCAACUCUACAGCAGAGUGCACUGCAAAAACCAUCAACCCUACAGCAGAGUGCACUGCAAAAACCAUCAACCCUACAGCAGAGUGCACUGCAAAAACCAUCAACCCUACAGCAGAGUGCACUGCAAAAACCAUCAACUCUACAGCAGAGUGCACUGCAAAAACCAUCAACCCUACAGCAGAGUGCACUGCAAAAACCAUCAACCCUACAGCAGAGUGCACUGCAAAAACCAUCAACUCUACAGCAGAGUGCACUGCAAAAACCAUCAACUCUACAGCAGAGUGCACUGCAAAAACCAUCAACCCUACAGCAGAGUGCACUGCAAAAACCAUCAACUCUACAGCAGAGUGCACUGCAAAAACCAUCAACUCUACAGCUGAGUGCACUGCAAAAACCAUCAACCCUACAGCAGAGUGCACUGCAAAAACCAUCAACUCUACAGCAGAGUGCACUGCAAAAACCAUCAACUCUACAGCAGAGUGCACUGCAAAAACCAUCAACUCUACAGCAGAGUGCACUGCAAAAACCAUCAACCCUACAGCAGAGUGCACUGCAAAAACCAUCAACCCUACAGCAGAGUGCACUGCAAAAACCAUCAACUCUACAGCAGAGUGCACUGCAAAAACCAUCAACUCUACAGCAGAGUGCACUGCAAAAACCAUCAACCCUACAGCAGAGUGCACUGCAAAAACCAUCAACUCUACAGCAGAGUGCACUGCAAAAACCAUCAACUCUACAGCUGAGUGCACUGCAAAAACCAUCAACCCUACAGCAGAGUGCACUGCAAAAACCAUCAACUCUACAGCAGAGUGCACUGCAAAAACCAUCAACUCUACAGCAGAGUGCACUGCAAAAACCAUCAACCCUACAGCAGAGUGCACUGCAAAAACCAUCAACUCUACAGCAGAGUGCACUGCAAAAACCUCACAGAGAACCUCAGUUUCAGACCUGGAGGAACAGUUAGUUUGGCUCAGCUCAGUUUGGCUCAGCUCAGGGGAUAGUUAA